GGGGCGGUCCCAACUCCGCCCUCCCGGCGGCUGCGCAAAGCGGGUCCGCCAUGAGCCAGGAAAAGCUGCGGCGGGUCAGAGACCGGGUCCGGUCCUUCCCUGACUUCCCGGUGCCCGGGGUGCUGUUCCGCGAUAUCAGUCCCUUGCUGAAGGAUCCUGCGGCUUUCAGGGCUUUGGUUGACCUUCUGGAAGAUCAUUUGAGGGCAUCUUUCCCCAAAAUCGACUUAAUUGCUGGCCUGGACUCUCGGGGCUUCCUUAUAGGCCCCCCCUUGGCUCAGAGACUUGGGGUUGGAUUUGUGCCCAUCAGGAAAAAGGGGAAACUUCCCGGUCCCACCGAGUCAGUCUCCUACACCCUUGAGUAUGGCAAGGCUGAGCUUGAAAUCCAGAGUGACGCCGUGGAACCAGGGCAAAAAGUGGUUAUUGUGGAUGAUUUGCUUGCAACUGGAGGUACCAUGUGUGCAGCCUGUGAGCUGCUGAAGAGGCUGAAGGCUGAAGUCCUGGAGUGCCUGGUGGUCAUUGAGUUAAAGCUCCUGAAGGGCUCAGAAAAGCUCAAAUCCAUCCCAUUCCACUCCCUGCUGCAGUAUGAGUGAGGAGGAGCUGGGAGCAAGGGAUGGAUGCACCCCGUGAGCUGUGCAUGGGUUUGGGGUUUGUUCAGUGACUUGAAAUGUCACGAGGGGGUGGGCAGGGUGAGGAAGGGACAGUUUAGAUCCUGGACAGAUGCUUUACAAUCCUAAAUCCUAUUUUUUUUUUCCAAGCCCCAGAUUUAAGGUGCUUCUAGUGUAAGGAUCUUUUGGGUUUUUUGCAGUUUCUCUUUUUGGCAAGAAGGAACAACCUGAUUGUUGUGGGGGCAGAUGGAAACCAAGGUGCAGCUUCACUGGAUUUUUUUUUAGGAGACCAAAGUGAAAAUACUGAAAAAAGGGGAGGAGGGAUAGCUUUGGGGACCCAGCAUUCCCUUUGGGAAGCCUCCUAGGAACCCAUUAAUAGUUUGCCAAAGAAACACAGGUGAUGGGCACAAAGUGAUUGUUUGUCUGAGGGAUAAAACCCCUCUGGUUCUGACCUCAGAGGAUGGGCUGGUUGCUCUCUGCUGUUGCUCACAGAAUGAGGUUGCUCUUCUGUAGAUGCAGUGCUUGGUAAGGAGAGCUGGGUGCCUGCCCUUCUGGGGGCAUGAGGAGAUGGAAAAGACAACGCUGGGCUGGAGCCCUUUCUGGUUGGGAUCUUUGGUGUCAGAUAAGGGCAGAUAAGGUGCUCCACUGGCAGCCAAGCUCCAUCAGUCUCACUCAGGUCUUGUGAUGGAUGAUGCUGUGGUUUGGAGGUGCUCCCUAAAGCGUGGUUUGGUUGGAUCACAGGAGGAGCUAAAACCCAGGGUGCCAGAACUUUGAUGUCCCUGGCCUAGCAGGGGCUGACCUCACUGGGGAAAUAAAUGCUGGGGUUUUUUAUUUUUUCUGAA